AUGGCGUGUCCAAUUCCAGGUCUCUGGCCAAAGGCGUGGGCCCUGGUGCGAUCCCAAGGAAAAAACGUCAAGGUGCAACAGGGGAAAGGACGGGUACCGAGAUGGGCACCCUUAUUUACCAUCUCUCAUUACUGUACUCCUUUCGAACGGCCUGGUCUCAAUCUUAACGCGCAGCUGUUUUUGAUUUGCAACUGCGACUUGGACCCUGACAUAGAUCCGAGAGCAUGGCACGGUUGUUGUUGA